AUGGCUGUAAACAUGACGGAAGAACAGUUGCAGCGACUGCUUAAAGCUGUAGGGGAUGGACAGAAAGGCUCAAUGGCUACUUGUAACGCCUCUUAUGAUGGAAAGAAAGAUAGAGAAACUCUGGAAGCUUUCCUCACAGCGAUCCGCAUUUUCAAGGGUAUUUACAAGAUAAGUGACCAGGAGGCUAUAGAGGGAUUACCACUAGUGUUCCGCGCAGAAGCGGCAGUGUGGUGGCAAGGCACUAAGGAUACUGUUAAUACAUGGGAAGAGUUCGAAACAAUAAUAAGGGACACAUUUGCCCCAAAGAAGGAAACAUAUUUGCUGUACAUAGAAGCCUGCCGAGGCCACCAACCACCAGAUAGUGCGUGUGAAGUGACGUGUGAGACUAGACGUGUUCUCUAA